AGAAAAAAGACGAAGAUGAAUACUGAUAAUAUUCAAAGUGCUGAAGAAUUAAAAGAUAAUGGUAAUAAUGCCUUUAAAAAUGGUCAAUUAAAUGAAGCAAUUAAUUGUUAUACGGAAGCACUAGCUUUAAAUCCGGAUAAAAAAUUGAAGUCAAUAAUAUAUCGAAAUCGAGCAAUGAUACGUUUACGAAUGGAUGAUUUUGAAGGUUGUGAAAUGGAUGCUACUCAAGCAUUGGAAUUUGAUGGUGCCGAUGCUAAAGCACUUUACAGACGAGCUUUAGCACGUGAAAAGAUGGAAAAUUAUAGUGGGGCAAUUGUAGAUGCUCGAAAUGCGUUGAAAUUGGAACCUAAAAAUAGCACUGUUAUUGAUAUGCUACACCGAAUGAUGCAAUUGAGUGAGGAGAAGAAAAAAGCUGCAAUGAGCAUGGAAAAUCGCGUAAAUGCCAUGAAUAAGCUUGCAUUUAGUGAUGGCAACAUGGAACAGAGAGUCACUGCAAUGAAUAAUUUGUUGGUUUUAUCACGAGAAUCUGAAACGGGUGCAUCACUUGUUUGGAAUGAUGGUAAGAUUGUAGAAACAUUGCUGAAAAUAAUUGAUGACAAUUCGACAAAUGAAGCUAUUGUUAUAGCGGCAGCUCGAGUUCUCGAUGAACUGGUGAAAAGUAGCAGUCGAGUAAUGCAUCUUGUGGAAAAUUUGGGAAUACGUAGAAUAUGUCGACUUAUGGAAAAAUGUGCAUAUCCGCAAUAUUUCGAUGCAUGUAGUAUUAUCAUCCAGCGUUUGUUCAAUGCAUUGGCUAAAAUGAAUCAAGAAAAAGAAAUUAAACCGGAUCCUGAAAUUUGUGAAGCCAACAAAGUACAUAUUAUACGCUUAAUUUUGGAACUGGAAGAAAUGUUAACUGAUGUAAAUAUAGCAGCACCCCUACGUGACAUUACCAUUGAUCUACUGCUGAAAAAUCUGAUGCAUAUGGACGGUGGAUUACCACGUGGUUGGAGCUGGAGAUUUGUCGAAGAUCGAGGUCUUCUUAAAUUACUGCAUAUUUCAACCCAAUUACCGGAGCAGUGUGAUUAUCCGGUUACUGCUGAAACCCGACAGCAUUUGGCGAUUUGUUUGACACGACUAUAUGAUGAUAUGGUUUUCGAUACACGACGACAAAUUUUCAAAGAAAGAGUGGAUGUUUUCUUCAACAAUCUGCUUAAUGAUAUAGUUAAACCGGAGGUGAAAGUGAAAUUAGCAUGUAUGUUGAUCACCUUACUGCAGGGUCCUGUCGAUGUUGGUAUAAAUUUGGUAACAAAUGAUCAGAUCACAGCACUGAUGCUGGAAAUGGCCAGUAGCGAUGAUAAUUUACAGCAGAGCACUGCUGCUGAGCUAAUUGUUCAUACCGUUAGUAAACAUGAACGAGCAACGACCAUUUUGAAGUUUGGUAUCCCAGUUCUGCGGAAGCUGUACGACUCAAAAGAUGAUAUGGUAAAAAUAAGGGCUUUGGUGGGCUUAUGCAAGUGCGCCUCAGCUGGAGGUGAUGAUACAGCUAAACAAACAAUGCAAGAAGGUAGCACAUUGAAACUUGCGCAGACAUGCAAGAAAUUCUUAUUGGAUGUGAAUCGUUAUUCGGUGGAAGUACGAAGAUUUGCAUGUGAAGGGUUGUCAUAUUUGACGUUGGAUGCCGAUGUAAAAGAAUGGAUUGCUGAAGAUUCUUUACUCCUUCAGGCAUUACUUUGUCUUGCAAAAAGCGCUGGUUCCCUUUGUGUCUAUGCUUUGGCUAGUAUUUAUGUAAAUUUGACAAAUUCUUAUGACAAACCAAAGAUCGAUGAAGAACUUGUUAAGCUUGCACAGUUUGCUAAACAUCAUGUUCCGGAAACGCAUCCAAAGGAUACGGAUGAUUAUGUGGAGCGCCGAGUUCGUUUACUUGUAGCUGAUGGAGCUACAACGGCAUGCAUAGCGAUAUCGAAAACUGAAAGUAGGAAUGCGUUGGAAUUGUUGGCUCGUGCUAUGUUGGCUUUCACGGAAUUUUCGGACUUACGAGGACAAAUUCUCAGUGAGGGUGGUGCUAAGCUUUGCCUACAUUUAGCGAAAAAUGCAACACCAGUGGGUAAAAUCAAGGCAGCACACGCUAUAGCAAGGCUUGGAUCGCAGGUUGACCCCGCAAUAGCAUUCCCUGGUCAACGGGUGUAUGAAGUAAUUCGCCCACUGAUCGAACUACUGCAUCCUGAUAUUGAGGGAAGGCCAAACUAUGAUGCACUAUUAACACUAACUAACCUAGCAAGCAUGAAUGAUUCGAUUCGUCGUCGGAUGAUUAAGGAACGAGUUGUAUCAAAAACUGAGGAGUACUGGUUCAUGACAGAUCAUGCGCAACUUCGUGCAGCAGCUGCCGAAUUAUUGCUUAAUUUAUUGUUCUGUGAAGAUUUCUUCAACGAGAUUGUUCGGUCUGGUACUGACAGGUUGAAACUGUGGGUGCUAUAUAGUGCAGAAGAGGAUGAACGUCUAGCACUUGCUUCAUCGGGUGGUUUUGCAAUUUUAACCGAAAAUGAAGCAGCUUGUAAGCGAAUCAUUGAUGAGCUGAAAAGUUGGCCUGAAGUUUUGAAGGACAUCUGCAUGUCUGAAAAUAUCGAAGUUCAACGCCGCGGUUUGAUUGGGGUUGCCAAUAUGAUGCAGUCAUCGGAGAAAGUUGCCUGUGAAAUUGUUGCUAGUGAGAUCUUUCGUGUACUGAUUGCUAUAACAAAGUUGAAAGAUAAGGAUCGUGUACCAGCGCAGGAAGAGGCACGUCGAGCUUUAGACGCAGCCGUAAAAUGGGGUAUUAUUCGACCAACAGAUCGUGAAAUUUAUGAGCGAAAUACUGGUAUUUGUACAGUACCGGAAGAAUGAAUUCUUUCAAGAAUAUUCUUCGCCUUAAAACACUUAUUUUGCAGGUGCUUGUAAUUAUAUUCAUGUUAUCUUGUGAAUAUCAAAAGUUCGGUCUGAAUGAUGAAAGUCGUAUUUUGAAGUAAAUUUUUUUUUUGGAGCAUUUUUGAAUUAUCUCGCGC